AAAAAAAAGUUGAAACAAAACAGAAACAUUCCGUCUGAUUGGUGCACAAUUUGGUGAGCUUCCCCUGUGGACCUCAGGCACAGUUGAUGGCAUUUCGCUCUUUCGGAAUUCUCCUCCGCUCCCUCACUUCCACGCUCCGUCCCCCAUUCUCAUCUCUCCACGAACGCCACGUCCUCGACCAACUCUCACACCUUUUCCCCUUACCCCCUUCCAAACCCGUCGACGCCUUUUUAGCCCCCGAAGACAAACUCCGCGGAGUUUUCCUCCACAACCUAAAGGGCAAGGCCGCAAUCCAACAAGCCUUGUCCAACGUUGCUGCUGACGUGGACAUCAAUGUUCUCGCCCGUGUCCUCAACCACGGUAACCUCAGUGGCCAAGCCAUGCUCACGUUUUUUAACUGGGCGGUUAAACAGCCAGGGGUUCCCAAGGACGUUAGUAGCUACCACGUGAUUGUUAAGGCGCUAGGAAGAAGGAAGUUUUUCCCCUUCAUGAUGAAUGUGUUGCGUGACAUGAGGCUAAAUGCUGUUCACUUUGAUUUCUUCAUGUUGUCCAUUGUUGUUGAUAGUUUUGUUAGGGCUGGUCGCGUGCGUAGAGCGGUUCAGGUGUUUGGGAACUUGGGUGACUUCGGCGUUGGGCGCGACACCGAGGCUUUGAAUGUGCUUCUGUCGUGUCUGUGUCGAAGGUCGCAUGUUGCUGCUGCAAUGUCUGUUUUCAAUUCAAUGAAAGGGAAGGUGCGUUUUGACGUUGAAACAUAUAAUGUUGUUGCUGGGGGGUGGUGCAGAUUAGGUAGAGUGAGUGAGGUUGAGAGGAUUAUGAGGGAAAUGGAGGAGGGUGGAAUUUGCGCCAAUUGCAGGACGUUUGGUUUGCUUAUUGAGAGUUUGGGGAGAGCUGGUAGGAUGGAUGAGGCUGUUAAGGUUUUGUCUGAUAUGAAGGAGAAGAAUUGCCAGCCAGAUACUGCUACUUAUAAUGCAGUGAUUUUCAAUUUUGCGUCUUUUAGGGAUUUUGAAGGGUGUAUGGAGUAUUAUAAUAGGAUGUUGAGUGAUAAUUGUGAGCCUAAUCUUGAUACUUUUGCUAGAAUAAUAGCCUUGUUUCUUAGGGUGCGGAAGGUGGCGGAUGCGCUUCAGAUGUUUGAUGAAAUGUUGAGGCGAGGAGUUGUGCCUUCUACUGGGACCAUAACGGACUUUAUCAAACGUUUGUGUAGCUAUGGUCCUCCAUAUGCUGCUUUGAUGAUAUACAAGAAGGCGAGAAAAUUGGGGUGUGUGAUAUCGAUGGAAGCUUAUAAGAUACUGCUCAUGCGGCUUUCUAAGCUUGGAAAAUGUGGAAUGUUGUUGAGUAUCUGGGAGGAGAUGCAAGAAUGUGGGUAUAGUUCAGAUGUUGAAGUUUAUGAGUACAUCAUUAGUGGUCUUUGCAACGUGGGACAACUGGAAAGUGCUGUUCUUGUUAUGGAGGAGUCUUUCCGCAAGGGGUUCUGCCCAAGCAGGCUAGUAUAUAGUAAGCUAAGUAACAAGCUGCUUGCUUCUAACAAAACAGAGAGGGCUUACAAGUUGUUUUUGAAGAUCAAACAUGCCCGUUCCCUUGAAAAUGCGAGAAAUUAUUGGCGGGCUAAUGGUUGGCACUUUUGAACAAGGAAAGUAUUGUGAGGCUGUGUUAGGAAUGUGUCGUGAAUACUGACAAAAAGUUAGCGGUAGAGUUGAGGAUAUCCACUCACACAUCGCUACAACUUAGGUCAUGCUGUAAGUAUGUCAGCCGGGAUUAUAUUUUUCUCAUGAAUGUAAAGGUAUUGAUUAAUUUUAUUGAAAUGCAAAAAAAAUAAUUUGAAGCAGUUUGAAUUGAAGAUUGAAUUCAGAUGAUGUUAUGUGUCAAAUGUAUUUAAGGCGAGCUUGCUAUGUCAUGAGUCGUGACCUCCUUUAAUGCUUAUACUUUUCCAUAUAUAAAUCUUCUUUAAAAUGUAGGGUGCAGUCUAGAGAAUAACAUAAAUUGCAUAAUGGUAGUAGUGAAAAAAGACCAACUGUUCAGUUUCAGAAUAUAUAAGUAGAGUGGCCAAAUCUGUGGGUGUUUUGGAACCUACGGGGUUUUGUCAUUAGUGAGACAGUCACCUUACUUCUGUUUUACUCUGAAGUGUACUUAUACUUUCCUGGAUCUGAACCAAUCUUCAGGGACUUAUUGAUUCAUCUGUUUGGUUGGUGUAAUGUUUCUAAAACUUGAAGACAGAUUCAUCAUUCACAUGACAAAGUUGUGCAUUUGGUGCACGGCAAAAUUUGUAAACUUGUUUUUUCUGUUUCUUUAGCCAUAGCAUUUAGCUCAUUAUUUUUAAGUUUAAUUCCACAAUUCUCUU